AUGGGGAGCACGGCGGGCGAGGUCACCCGCGCCGACUUCCCCGAGGGCUUCGUCUUCGGCGUCGCCACCUCCGCCUACCAGAUUGAGGGGGCAAGAAAUGAAGGUGGCAAAGGCGAUAGCAUAUGGGAUGUAUUUACAGAUAACAAAGAACGUGUCCUAGACGGAUCCUCUGGAGAAGUUGCAGUUGAUCAUUACCAUCGAUACAAGGAAGACAUUGAGCUCAUGGCCAAGUUGGGUUUUGGUGCUUAUAGAUUUUCCAUAUCUUGGUCACGGAUAUUUCCUGAUGGCUUAGGGACAGAAAUCAAUGAGCAAGGAGUUGCUUUCUAUAACAACCUUAUAGAUUUCAUGAUUGAGAAAGGUAUUCAGCCUUAUGCAACUCUGUAUCACUGGGAUCUUCCGCAUAAUCUUCAGAAGACUAUGGGGGGUUGGCUUUCUGACAAGAUUGUAGAGUACUUCGCAUUAUAUGCAGAAGCUUGCUUUGCAAAUUUUGGAGAUAGAGUUAAGCAUUGGAUAACAAUCAAUGAACCUAUUCAAACAUGCAUUAAUGCUUAUGGGGUUGGAAUAUUUGCUCCUGGAUUAUGUAAAGGUGUAGCUGCUGAACCUUUCUUGGCUGGCCAUCACCAGAUCUUAGCUCAUGCUGCUGCUGUUGAUGUCUACAGAAGAAAAUUCAAGGCUAAACAAGGUGGUCAAGUAGGAUUUGUUAUUGAUUGUGAAUGGGCGGAGCCAAAGUCGGACAAAAUGGAAGACCAGGCUGCUGCAGCACGGCGCAUUGACUUUCAACUUGGAUGGUUCCUGGACCCAAUAUACUUUGGUGAUUACCCAGAAAGCAUGCGCCAGAGAGUGGGCGAAUAUCUUCCAAAAUUCUCUGAGAAAGACCGUGAAUUGAUGAGGAACAAAAUUGAUUUUAUUGGAUUAAAUCACUAUACAUCAAGAAUCAUUGGCAAUCAGCCGAACCCACAACCACAAGAGAUCCAUUUUUAUCAGGUUCAACAAAUAGAGAGAACAGACAAAUGGAGUAGCGGUGAAGCAAUUGGUGAAAGAGCUGCGUCUGAGUGGCUUUUAAUAGUUCCCUGGGGUAUUCGGAAAACAAUCAAUUAUAUAGUAAAGAAAUAUGAAAAUCCAAUAAUAUAUGUAACAGAGAAUGGUAAGGCUUCCAUGCUUCUAAUUUUUUUUCUGGUGCAUUUUUUAUAUUUGAAGUUUCUAAUAGUUGUAUCAUUUCCUGCAUAUGUUGGUUGA